CCCAAACAGACAACUGUACGAAGAACGUAUUCAGUAGUCUUAGCCGGGUAGCGGCUACUCGUUCCCAAAUCCAUCUUCUUUCUUUUCUUGCUCUCGCUCUUGCUGUCUCCCUCCAAAACUUUCGAAAUACUUCUCCCUCUCUCACUCGCUCUCUCCGUCUUUCUUAGGUUUUGUCAGACAUCACAAGAAUUCCAAAGCGUGAUUCUGCUUCGAAAUCAAUGGGAAGGUACAGGAGCCGGAGCCGGAGCCUGAGCUAUAGCCCUCGCCGACGGAGCAGGACCCCUCCACGCGGCCGCAAGAGAUAUGAGGAUGAUUACUACCCCUCACACCGAGACCGCCGUUCUCCUGCUCCAUCUGGCCUGCUCAUCCGCAAUCUUCCUCUCGAUGCUAGGCCGGAAGAUCUUAGAAUCCCAUUUGAGAAAUAUGGUCCAGUGAAAGAUGUAUAUCUGCCCAAGAAUUACUACACUGGGGAGCCUCGGGGAUUUGGAUUUGUGAAGUAUCGUUAUGGGGAAGAUGCAGCAGUUGCGAAGGAACAUAUGAACCAUAGAGUUAUUGGUGGACGUGAGAUUAGAAUUGUUUUUGCUGAGGAGAACAGAAAAAAUCCCCAGGAAAUGCGUAUGAGUUCCCGAGGAAGUAGUCGGCAAGGUGGAAGCCAGAGAAGGAGAACACCACUGAGGUCCCCAAGACGCCGUCAUCAUUCUUACUCUCGCUCUCUUUCACCAACUAGGCGUGAUUCAAGGGGGCAUGGGGCAAGAGAUGAUGAUUACUCUCUAGGGCGGUCUAGAACUAUUCCAAGUUCACGUUCUCCACGAGAUGACGAGAACAGGUCAAGAAAGAGGUCUCUGAGUCCAAGGGAGAAUGGCCAUAGUCCACAUGAUGAGAGGAACUAUUCACCUCAUCAGUCAGGGAGUCCAAGAGGUGGUAGUCGUAGUCCAUCUGGGCCUCGUUCGCGAUCGUACAGUCCCCGCUGAUGCGUUAUCAAGACACGCUGCUGUCCUCUGGCGCUGGUUAUGUGGUUGACUUUUGGAUGUGCAUCCCAGUCGUUAACUCUGAACUUGAUCAUGAAUUUGUGAACUUAGAAUGUUUAAUAUCGACGGAGACUGUUUUGUUUGAUGUAAACAUUUUGCUUGCUAAUUUCAUCCAACUUGCAUGAGCCUGGAUUUGGAAUU